AUGGGAGAUCAGUCAACCGGAAACAAUCCACCAGACACGGACAUGCAAGUUGUGAUCCCGAAUCCCAUUCAUCUGAUCCCAUCUCCACACAACCCUUCCGUUUCUCAUUCAACCACGAAUCCGGCCCAUCCCGUUCUGGGCUACUCUGCUCAUACGCCCACCCUACCNCCCCCCUCACAGGCGGUCACAACUCCACCGAACCAGGCUAUAGUUCCGUCAAACGCACGACCAAACACACGUACUGCGAGUGAACUGGGAUCGUUCAUCACCACCGCUUUGUGCGCUUGUGAACAGGACAGUUCGUUUGAUCUACCGGAACUGCAGGAUGCAUUGGUACGAUUUUUCGAAGAAGGUGAAGUAUCCGAUGAAGUGGACAACUAUUUUACUAAAGUAAGUACAUGUAGGGUUUUUUAUCCCUAG